AUCAUGAUUCUUUGUUCACACACUGAGCUGCUGCAGAGGUCAUGAACAGUCUGACUGCUAAACAGGAAGCUUCAGACCUCAGGAAGGUUUCAUGUUUCAGCAGCUACAAGCUCCACCUUCAGGCAGAAACACAGAAACUAUUUCUCUGAACAGUUUCAGAGAUGAUCAGACAUGAACUGGUGUUUACUGCUUCAACUUUUAUGUUGGAUAUUUCUACCAAACUAAGAACUGAAGAAAAGAAGAAGACGUUAAAACAUGGUCAUUCUGCUGUUUGCUCUGUUUCCAGCUGUCUGAAUUCUUCACAUGAUAACUGGAAACAGACCAGAAGCUCCAUCACUGGGGUGGAGUUUAACAAGUUCCAGCAUUGUUUACUUUAAUGAGUCUCAGCACCACUCCUUUUUUCUCCUGUUUUUUUGAGCAUCACUGAUUCUUUUCUAAAACGAUAUUCAGUGAACGACACCAACUUGUGUUUACUGGUUUGAGGUUUGCUGGUUAAACUUUGAGGUUUUUGUCGGAUAUUUGCACCAAACUACCAGUGAGAUCAGAGGAGGAAGAAGAAGAAAAUGUCUGCUGGAACAUCUGAGUUCUUCUGUCUGAUCUGUUUCCUGGUCUGUUCCUGUACAGCUCAGACAGCUUAUCUCGGACAGAAUGUCACUCUACCAUGUAAAUUUACCAGCAACAAACACAACAACGUCACAUUGGUUCAGUGGCGCAGAAUUGAUCUGGGACCAGACAGCUUCAUUCUUCUGUAUAAAGAUGGACGCUUUCAUCCAGACAAGCAGCUUCCGUCUUAUAAGGACCGGGUGUAUCUGCAGGACAUGGAGACGAGGGACUUUUCUCUGAUUCUGAUGAACGUGACGAUGGAGGACACUGGAAGAUACGAGUGUGAUUUUAUAGAGGAAGGACGGCAUGAAGCCAGCAGAACCACCUCCACCAUCAACCUGAAAGUUGUUGAACCAGGAGACAAAGAUGGAGGGAACACGGCUGGAGUCAUUGGAGGACAUUUUGGAUUAGUGGGUUUCAUAUUUCUUCAUAUUCUGGUUUCUGUUGUGUUUUUUAAUGUAUAAACGACACAUGAGAGAAUCCAAACCUCCCAGUUCCUCCUGAUGAAGCAGCAGCUGAACAGAUGUUAUGAAGCAACAACAUGAAAGUUUUUGUGAACAGCAUCAGAACAAACCAGAUCUUGUGUAACUUUGAUGGAAGCAGCAGCAGCAGAACAAAGAGAAUCCAGGUGUGAACCAACCAUGUGGUCUCUCCUUUAACUGCCACCUUAUGGUGGUGGAGGGUUUGUGAGCUCAGAGGAUGCUGGGAGCUCUGCUGUCUGGAGUUCAGCUCCUGCUAGGCUUUCUAUUGGCAGACUGGUCUAGAAACAUCAAGUCCUCCCAACAUCUCCAUCAUCCAGAUUGAUCCUGUGGAUUGUUGCUGCUGCUGCUGGUCUUCAUCAACUUUUCUGCUCUGUUGCUUUGUCUGGAAAUAAAUGUGUUCCAAAGCUCUGCAUGUUAGAACCUGAUGAAAUGUUGUGGAUGUAAAGUGUUCUGUCAGAUGAGAUCAGAAGCAGAUAGAAAAGUUCUGAUUGUCCAGAAUGAAGCAGAACUGAUGAACAACUUUAGACUGAACUGGUUUGAAUGUUUUAUCUGUUAGCAGCUCUGAUGAUUUAUUUUAUUUACUGCUGGGUGGUUUGUGAGUUUCUCUCUGGGAUCUUCAUCUUAUCUUAAGGUUUUAUUUGCUGAUCUGUGUUUUGUUCUCCUGCAGAAUAAUCUUGUACUCAGUUUCUUCAUAGAAUGAUGUAAGCAGAAGUUGAUCAGAUUCUUCAUAAAGAUUUUGUUCAAAGUGUUUUAAUGUUUUAUCUGUUAGCAGCUCUGACGAUGUUCUGAACUGUUUUACAGAGUAAAGGUGUAGAUAAUAAAAUAAAUGAAUGUUUUUUUACUUCUCAGCGGUCUGUCAGUUUAAUCUUCCUCCUAUAUCAUGUUUAGUUGUUAAUCUGCAGAUAAAUGUAGUAAAAUAACAUUGUUUGUUACUGAACUGUAGUGAAGGUUGAACAGAAUAAACAGAACUUCUACUGAUAGAA